CAUCAGAACUGCAUGGACCGUGGAGAAGCUGCAGAAGCAACGGGACAAGACAUAAGGACUUGAAAGGACUGGAAAGGACUUUGGAUUCACACUUAGCAUCAUUUUAGCAUUUUCUAUUCAUUGAUUUUGGAAAUGGGAUGCCUUAAACAUCACAAAGGUCAGGUAUUUUGUGCCCACUAGACGUGUGCUCUGUAUGCCCAUCAGUUCAUUGAGUACAUCAGCACUAAAGGACACUGGAAAUAAGUUCCUAUUUCAUAACCAACUUCCUUGUUUUUUGUGAAAAUGACAAAGUAUUUUCCCUCCAGAAAGGAAACAUGAAUGGACUUCACUGGAAUUGAUUUCAUUCAAUUAAAUUAGAAAAUAUUUGGAUAUUUUUAUAUAGUUGAAAAGUAGUCAGGAUCUCAAAUUAAUACAUAUUUCUGUGAUUUAUUUAUCUGUCACUCAUAUAAAGAAAGAUGUUAUCGGUGAGCCUGCUGGCUAUGGUGGUGCUUUCCAACACCAUGCUGCUCCAGUGCGGUGCACUGAGCCGGUACAAACGCGCCUUGGCGGGCCGGGCGGACAGGGAGCUUUCACGCCAGGCAAAUGAACCCUGCUCGCUGUCUUGGAGGUUCCCCCGGCACUUCAGCUGGCCCUUACCGACUCUUCAGCAACACCCAGUGGCCAUUCGGAGGACGACCCGGAGAAAGCUCCACACCACCUUCUGCGACGGUGAUUGCAUAUUCAAGGCGGUAUCUCACGGUGCUUCAGAAGACCUGCCUGGAAAGCAAAGAACGUCUGGUGUAUUCCCAGGACGUCCACCUCGCGCCUCCAGGUUUGCCCGAAGCGUCCAUGUGUCUCAUGACGACCGGGACCGGGACAACUCCACUUCCGCCAACAGAAACAAUCAUUCCAGCGGAGCAGGGGUUCAUCCUUCUUCCAGUGGCCCAGAGGAGGACUGGGAGGUGGAAGACGGGGGUCCCACCACAAGCCGUGCCGCCGGAGGCACGUCUCAGUGGGGUAAAGCUGUGCAAGGGGCGCCCCCCUCCUGGAUGACGGUACUCCACUUCAGCGGCCGCCAGGAGAAGAUCAGGCUCAAGAGGAGCGCACAAGUUGAGCUACCGAGGACUAAGUUCAGCCUGGAGUUGUGGGUCCACCCGGAAGGGGGGCAGAGCAAUCCCGCAGUCAUUGCAGGAGUGUAUGACAACUGCUCCCAUUCUCUGAGUGAAAAGGGAUGGUCAGUAGGUAUUGGUACCACGGACUCUUUCGGCACCAAGGACGCACGGUUCUACUUCAUGCUUCGCACGGAUCGAGCCUUGAAAUCCACCACCGUGUUUAGCCACCAGCAGUACAGAGCCAAUGCUUGGACUCACCUGAUUGCCACUUACAACAGUCACAACAUGACCCUGUAUGUUGAUGGAGCUAAGGUGGGAGAAAGCAGUCUCCAGCAGGGGGAUCUGUAUAGCCCCUUUAUGAAGACCUGUAGAAGCUUCUUCCUGGGUAGUAACCAGUCAGAGCAGGGACAGAGCUUUCGAGGUCUACUGGGAGGUGUGGUGUUGUGGGACUACGCUGUUUCUCACGAGGACCUGCUGAUGCGACCACUCCAACAAACAAGUCCUCUUCUGGCUUUAUGGGCUGACUUUGCAAAUGUAGAAAAGAUGUGGACUCCAUACAAAGUUGGCUUUCACCCAGCUAUCAUCGCCACUCCAGUCCCUGAUCCGGAACUUGUCUCCUCCUUCUCGCCGCCACCCUGUGGUCUCACGCCUUGUGAUAACACCGACAUCAUUUCUGGCUACAAUAAUUAUUGGCACCUCCGCUCUCACAAACGUAUCCGCUACAGGAUCGUCAACCUUUGCAAUGACGAUGGUAGUGACCCAACUGUGUCACAAGACCAGAUUCACCUCCAGCACCGGGCCCUGACGAACGCUUUUAAUCCUUACAAUAUCACCCUUGACUUGAGUGUGUACCCAGUCAGAAACUCUAGUCUUCGCCAGAGGUUUGUUUUAAGUAACUGUCGAAUCGGGAAAAUUGGGAACCGGCAGUGUGAUCCGGAGUGUGACCACCCAAAUACGGGGCACGAUGGCGGGGACUGCCUGAGGUUGGGACAUUGCUCCAGUUGGAAGAGGCAGGAUGGAGUUUGUAACACGGAAUGUAACAGUAUACACUAUGACUACGACGACGGAGACUGCUGCGACCCGGAGGUGACGGAUGUCCUCAAGACCUGCUUUGAUCCGGAGUCCGCUUACAGGGCCUACAUGAGUGUGAAAGAACUGAAGGAGGAGCUUCAUUUGAGUGGCGCAGACAUUCUGAACGUUUUCUUUGCCAGCAACUCUGCACGAGAAGAGCUAGCAGGAGCUGCAACUUGGCCAUGGGCAAAGGAAGCUCUUACGCACCAAGGUGGAAUGGUCCUGAACCCAUCCUAUUUUGGCACAAUCGGUCACCACAACACGAUGAUCCAUGAAAUGGGCCAUAUAUUUGGACUGUACCAUGUCUUCAAGGGAGUGAGUGAACGCGACUCCUGCGAUGACCCUUGUCAGGAGACCACCCCAUCCAUGGAAACAGGAGAUCUGUGUGCUGACACGGCACCAACACCCAAGUCCAAAACCUGCCAUGAUCCCGGACCUGUUAAUGACACAUGCGGCAACACCAUGUACCAGGACACCCCUUUUAACAACUACAUGAGUUACACAGACGACAACUGCACCAAUCGUUUCACUCCCAACCAAGUUGCCAGGAUGCACUGUUAUGUUGACUUGGUCUAUCAGAACUGGCUGACAGAACAUCUACCCGGUUCCAUUCCUAUAGCACCAAUAGUGACCGACCAGAGUCCAGAUUCUGUUUCAAUUUAUUGGCUGGCACCAUUAAGAGGACCACUAUAUCAAAGCUCCCACUCCCAUGUGUCUGGGGUCAGCUGUAAGGAAUGCGAGAAGGACGGCGUUUUUCACCAAUACGCCUACGAGGCCACCUCGACCCGCGUCUGUGACACGUCUGGCUACUGGGCACCCGAUGAAGCCAUUGGCCAACCUGAUGUGGAGCAGUUAUGUGAACCGAGUCUCCAAGCGUGGAGUCCUGAACUUAGUCUUUAUGACACCAAUGUGACAUCACCGUGUCCUGAACCAGAGGGCUGCACCCUCACACUGAAGUUCCUCCACCCUGUGGUCCCACACACUCUAACCCUCUGGGUCACAUACAUCUCAAUAAGUAAUCCAGCCAUAGCUGACAUUGAGCUGAUUACAGACACGGGUAAAAGCAUAAACCUUGGACCCCAGCACGUCUUCUGCGACAUGCCCUUCACCCUGCGCCUCGACUCCAACUCCAAUGCUGCCAUCGGUGCCAUCAAGCUCUACACCUUUGACGAGAGGAUGGAGAUUGAUGCCGCAAUGUUGUCUUCUGGCCCUGGCAGUCCUUUGUGCUCCGGCUGCCGACCUUUGCUGUAUCGGAUUCAUAGACAGCCACCUUUCAUCAGCAAAUCACAAUCGCCUCAGACCCAGCAGACAUUCACGGACAGAACAGUAAAGAGGGGAGAAAAAUAUGAGUACAUGAUCCAGGUUGAGACAGACGGUCAUCUCAGCGAUCUCUCACCGUCUCUCUUUUACACCCACGGUCAGCCCUACUGCGGGGAUGGCGUCAUUCAUGGGGCAGAGGAGUGUGACGAUGGUAAUCUGCUGGAUGCAGACGGCUGUUCUAAAAAGUGCCUUAAAGAAAAGGGGUUCAGCUGCCUUGGUGAGCCUAGCCAGUGUUAUGUGUUUGAAGGGGACGGUGUGUGCGAAGAGUUUGAACGGGUCUCCAGUGUGCAGGACUGUGGAUAUUUCACACCUUUGGGGUACACAGACCAAUGGGCAUCUAGUGCUACAGCUUCUCAUCAAGACCCUGAUCACUGUCCCGCCCAUGCGGCCACUGGCGAACCAUCAUUUAAAAAGCUCUGUAGGUACCAGUACAUGGAUGUGAGUGACAACCUUCCCACUGAUGCAUGGUUCCCUUGCACAGCUAAUUCAGACAUAAGUAAUGACCUGGAACAUCCAUUCUGGCUGAAGGUGGGAUUUGUCCAUUCUGGAGUGGCUGCCUCUGUUAUCGUGUAUCUGGCUUUAGAUGGAUCAUGGAGUGGGGAGCACUGUCACAGGACAGCUACCAUUGUGCUUUUGGAUACCACUGGAAAGAAUCACUCAUUAGGCACACAUAACCUCUCAUGCCAUCGGAACCCCUUGAUGGUUAACGUGACCCAUGACCUCUCCCAGCCCUUCUUCCUGACAGCGUCUGUUAUCCUCCUCUUCUCCUCCCCCUCUGUGGCAAUCAGGGGCGUGGCCUUGAGGACCUCCUGCCACUUCAGCACCUUCGCCAAGACCGGGUGCUUGAGGCAGACAUGUCAGAUGGACAGCUGCCACCCUCCCCAAAUUGAUCAUGCCUUUGUCAGGUGUGCAGGAGGAGGAGAGUCGUCUCUCUGCUCCGUUCAGUGUCAUCGUGGUUUCAGCAUCACCAUCAUCAACGGGAAGCAAAUCCCACUCCACCAGAGACAGACGGAGAUGGAGUGUUUUCAUGGUUUAUGGGAUCGUGUAGUCAGCUGUCAGCCUGUAGACUGCGGUCUGCCUGAUCAGUCUCAUGUCUACCAUGCCAUAUUCAGCUGUCCCUGGGGGACCACCUUUGGCAAACAGUGCUCCUUCACUUGUGGGUCGCCAGCCGUACUUCAAGGCGACAGUGACAGGUUGGUAUGUUUGGAGGAUGGUCUGUGGUCUUUUCCAGAAGCCUACUGUAAAAUCGAGUGCUCAGACCUCCCAAACAUCCUCAAUGCAAAGCUGCUAACAACAGAGUGCCUGGCCUCAAGCCACGAUGUUGGCUCCCUCUGUCGCUACAAAUGCAAUCCAGGCUUCUAUGUAUUGGGGAGCUUCAAAAAGAAGACACCAAGGAAAUACUUCAAGCUGGAGUGCCAGGAGGGAGGCCAGUGGGAGGAUGUCUCGUGCGAGCCUGUAUCGUGUCCAGCUUUACCUGAUGUUUUCCAGGGCAUGUAUUUGUGCACCAAUGGCUUCUACUACGACAGCGUCUGUACUCUGCAGUGCCCAGAUGCAGCAGAAAAUCGUGUGAUUCAGUGCUCUAAGGAUGGUCAUUGGACAGCACAUUUCACCAUGUGUCCCAGCCUCCACGGAUCCUGCGCUGCGCCCGCUCAACUCAACUCUGUAGAGUACAGCUGUGCUGAGGGCAUGCAUGUUGGUGCUGUUUGCUACCCUGCUUGCCUCUUGACCCCAGAUAUGUCUCUUCAUGAUCCAGUGGUUUUACCCAAUGGCACCACAGUUGGCUCUUUAAAACAUUGGAUGCUCCCUAUGAAAGUACAGACCAUCGUCUGCACAGGGAUGAAGAAGUGGUACCCAGCGCCUGAAAGCAUUUAUUGCAUUCAGUCAUGUGAGCCUUUUGGUGGUGAUGGCUGGUGCGACACCAUCAACAACCGUGCCUACUGCCAGUAUGACGGAGGUGAUUGCUGCCCAUCUACUUUAUCGUCCAGAAAGGUUAUUCAAUUUGGCGCCGACUGCAAUCAAGAUGAGUGCACGUGCCUCGAUCUGGAUGCUGAGGAGAACAAGAACAAGAAGAAAGCCAAGGACCCGGAGGUGGGAGGAUAAGUUAGAUUAGCUCAACUGAAAGAGCUCAAGUGUUGUAAAAUAAAAAAGGAAAUGCAGAAGUAAUAUAAACAAACAACAAUCUCAGAUUAUGAGUGCAAUGUGUUUAAAUUUGGGGACAUUUUUUAUGGAAAAAGGUCAUAGUGGGAAUACUGCGUGUACGUGAUUUGGUGAAUAUGUUCUUAACUCCUCAUGUAACAUUCUCAAACAUGAUGUGUGGCAUAGCCGUACUUUUAUAUUUUAAUACUGCACUUUCCAAUCCCAUACAAAUCUUGUAUGCUAACAUACAGACGCGAAUCAGGGGUGUCUCAUUCUUAUUUUUUUAAUUUUAAUUUUUUUUUUUUACAUCUAUAUAUCUUUACUUACAUCUUUCCUGACAAAGAGCAAAUCUGUAUAGCAUGUAAGGGCAUUUAGAUCAACAAUACCAUCUGCCAUACACAAAAAAAAAGAAUUCUAAGAAUAUAAAAAAAAUUAAUACAGAACACUAAAACAACCAAAAAAUUAUUAAUAUUAAUUAAUAUUAAUUAGUAUAUAAUAUAUAAUUAAUAUUAAGAAACAAAAAUGAAUAAAAGUUAUAAUGUUCCAAGAAUGAGUAAGUCAAGAUGUCAAUGAAUAAAGAAUGAAUCAAUCAUAAUUACGAGAAUAGUUGGAAAAUUUGUCAAAUUAUUAAGACAAAAAGUGUCGUAUUCCAAAAAGGAAACAGUUGCAAUUUUACAAGAAUAAACUAAUUUUAGCAGCAUAGAGCUGAAACAUUAAAGAACAAUGGUUUUUGUUGUUUUUUUUUUAAGUUGGAACAAAAUUUGGUUGGUUCUAAUACUAUGGACAUAAAGUCAAAAUGUUAUGGGAAUAAAGUCAUAAUUUUGUGAGAGGAACAUUUUCAACGUUUAUUUAAGAAGAAAACUGAAAACAUAAUUGGUUGAUAGCUUAUACUAAUAAUCAGCUUUUACACCUAUAGCAUAUAUUUUUUGAAAUAUGUAUCUAUAACUUUCAUUUUUCAGAAUGUGGGCCUCGGUGGAAAAAGUUUGGACACUCCUGUUUUAACUGAUUGAUAUUUUUUUUUCUGUUUAUCAGGUUUUGCUUUUAGUUCGGGUUAGCAAUUCUUUGCUGAAACAUUAACUUUCGACAUGUAAAUGUCUCUGUUCAAACUAAUAACUGUUCAAACCUAAAACUUCUUUCUAGUCAGGUAACGUAGUAUUCACAGUAAACAACAUAGUACAAGAUGGGUUGUGUAUAUUAUUGUCAUAUUCACCAUCACUGGCUCAUGUUUUGUCCAUGAAUAGAAUAGAUGCUCUUAAAUAUUCUGUCUUCUCUUCUUAGACUAUUGAAGUUGGCAAAACGACAAGGUACAAGUACCAACAUAGUAAACCUUGUAUAAAUGUGUACUUUCAUUCUAUGCACUUCAUCCUUGUCUACGUUAGAGUCCAGUGCUGCAUCCUGUAUUUUGUAAUACAAUUUAAAAACAUUUUUAAUUGUGUGAUCAUUGCUUAUUGUUUCCGAUUUACACAAUGGAGGAAGUGUUGGUUGCUGUGACAAAAACUGGAAGAACGUAAACUAAGG